GAACUUACUUCUUCACAUAUGACAACGUGGAGGAGUUCCCUCCCUCCCUCUCUAACUCGAAUCAGUUUUUACAAGCUGUUGCAUGCAGCUUCCUCCACAACGCGUGGGUGAAAGCAGAAGGAAGAUGAGGGGAGAGGAGAGGUGGGAACUGCAGCUGCCUCACCGGGAAUGAAGGCGCAAGAAUGUCCUGUGAGACGGUGUGGAGGACCCGCCACUUUUACGCACGCGAGAAGAAGCUGAUUUAGAUUUGGAUCUUGGCUUUUAGAGGCAAUUUUUGUUUUGUGCGGAGAUUGAAAAGUUUGACUCAGAAAGUUGUCUUCCAAAAAAGCAGCAGAGAUGAGACCGAAGAGCCCGACAAGGUGGAUACUCCGAGGCUGGAUGACGUGCGUCCUGAUCAGCUUUUACGCACAGAGCGCCGUCUCCAAAGCCGUCCAGUGUGGUGAAACAGAAUACUUAAAGGGCUCCAAAUGCUGCAAGAAGUGUGAACCAGGCCGCCGAGUGUUUUCUGACUGCACCGAUUCCCAUCAGACAAAGUGCAGCAAAUGUCCCUUUGGUGAAUAUCAGCCCGGCUGGACUGAUUUAGAGUACUGUAUUAAGCAGAAGUACUGUGACCCAGGUAAAGGGUUUAUGACGAGGCCAGAGAACCCUUUAGCAGAGGAGCCGUGCCGCUGCCUCCCCGGCCGUCAAUGCUAUCCCAUCAACUGUGAGUACUGUGAGAAGAUCCCCAUCUGCGGUGCUGGAAAGGGACUGGAGGUGGACCAUGAGUCGACUCAUGGGAGGAAGAUCUGCGUUGAAUGUAAGAAGGGCUUCUAUUCUGACAACAGUGAGGAUCAGUGCAAACCAUGGACCAGUUGUAAGGCGCAGGGUAGGCGUGAAAUCCAACCCGGCAGCGCUCAAGCUGAUGCCGUGUGUGGACCACAAAUCUCUGUAGCAGAACCGUCCUGGGUUAUCGUGUCUGUGCUUUCAGUCAUCACUGUCCUGUGUCUCCUCAUCCUGCUCCUCUUCUGCUACAAGGACAAAUUGAAGCUGCUCUCUGUGAAUCUGCGAUCCUGUGUCCAGAAUCUGAAAAGAACAAGAAUACAACAGGAGACCUUGGACCCUCUCCACUACAGCGGAGCAGGAGGAGGAAUAGGAGUCGGCCCUGGAGGCCCCAAAUGUACGCCAUGUGAGAUCACCAAACUCAUCCGCCAAGCACCCCAGAGCCCCGCUGAUGAGCCUCUGUGCACCUUCCCCACUGCUGUCCCUGAAGUGAAGGUGUUGCUCCCCCCCACAGAGGAAGGAGUGACUAAAAGUAAGGCGGUGAUGGAGGAGCAGAGUGAAGGCUCCGGAGAACCUGAGGAGGUGUCAGAAGACGAGGAGGUCACAAGUGUGUCUCCUCUCCUGGCUGGCUCUUGCGUGUGUGUCGCUCCUGUACGGGAGCCUUUGGAAGUAGGGGAGAAUGAGGACUGUAGCCAGGCGGUCAGUUCAGGGACUCAAGGGACCUGCUCAUGUGGAGUACAGGACGGAGACGAAGGAGGGAAAGAGGAGAGAAAUGAGAGCGUGAGGGGAGAAAAGGGGGAUGGAAAUCAAGAAAAGAUGGUUUCAUCCAAAAGUGAGACAGGUGUUGCAUCUCUGGUCUCCCUUUCCCCUCCUCUCCUCCUUACCUCUUCUGUAACCCCUCCUUCCAGUCCUGAGCUCUGCCUGCCUUUGUCUCAGGCUCAGGUGAGACCAGAUCUCCAACCUCACCUGACAGACAGAUCCCAGGUAAAACAGGAGGAUUUGUACAGACUGACAAGCACAGACUCGGCCUCAACAGAGAACAGUACCACCUCCACGGUGACCUCGGUUAGCCCUCUGAUGACCUCGUCGUCUGUUGGAGAUCUCUACAAGGACAGACUGGCCGAGACCUCCAGCCCAGAGCAGAGCCAGGGGCUUUCCUGGGGGGACAGCAGGGGGAACAAGCUGUCUUCUGUGGAGUCGGGACUUGAUUGUUCCCCUGAGAGUCUCCAUAGUCAGCUGGCUGAACCAACUCUUACCUCAGGUCAGGUGUCCGGAAACAACAACACCACCUUCAUCUCCAGCGGUCAGGUGAUGAACUUCAGCGGGGACGUCAUCGUCGUCUACGUUAGCCAAACGUCUAACGGCGAUGGGACGGAGCAGGACGACGCUUUUGGAAGCCCCGUGCAGGAAGAGGCCAAUGAGACGGCCCCGUUUUUUCAGAGCAGCCUGAGGCCACAAGGGGACUCAUAUUCCCAUAGGACCUUGCAAGAGGAGACGAUGCCGAUCCAGGAAGCCAUGGUAGAGCGGCAGCUCGGAAAGUGAAAAGUGAACAAUGGCUGUUAAUUUAUCAGUACAGUGACAAUGCAAAUACGACCUCUGAUCAUUUCUUCAUCUUUAAUGAGUCUCUUUGAACACCAUCAAACAAGCUUUCCAUGCAGGUAUAGAUACUUCAAAGCUUUAAAUCAGUAGGAGCUGGUCAGUCAGGUGGCCAAGAAGAGCAUUUUUAUGGAUAUGAGACUGCCAGUGGAUGCCUUCAUCUUUCCUCAGGCAACACUAACGUGCCUUUUGUCUUUUUCCAGUAGAAAAUUUGAGGUUUUUAAAUGGAAUUUCCCUCCAUUCCAGACAAUAAUGGGGAAUUUUGUUGGGAAUUGGAUGUGGAGCGAGACUUCAGACUGGAAGAAUGUCACGUUUUUUUUUAUUGUUGAGUGGAUGUUACCGUGGGGCAACAACAGAGGAGUUACUACAAUUUUCAUGCCUCAUCUGUCAUCAUUAAACAACCCAAGUUAGCGUCUGUAGCCUUCUAGUUUUGAAGCCAAUCUAAAUUUGACAUUUGGAUGAGUCUGAGAGUUUCCUAACAUAACAAAAAUAUCCACCAUGUGGAAAUAAUUGUGUUAGGGCUCACAGAUUUAAGCCUUGAAAGUAAACAUUUUUCUGGUAGAAAAUUCGAUCAAUUUGCAACAAGCUGUCAGGAGAGAAAUGUUGUUUUUUAGAGUUAAAUCGUAAUGAAUUCAAAACAUUUCACUAAGUCAGUUUUCAUUCUUACUGGUUUGCAGGGUUUAAUAAAAGCUAUUUAACAAUAAGUCGACACAUCCAGUUUUGGAACGAUGCUUUCUUUUCUCAUGUAUUUAGAUUGUUUUUCUCAUUGCACGUCAAAGUGCAGUUUGUCUGUAAGAAAAAUGCUAUGCAUUUGAUAAGCUAUUUUAUUUUGAUUUGUUCUGUCUCAUUUUGUUUUCUGGUGUACGCCUGAAUGAAGAAGAGUAAAAUGUCAGCCUGUUUAUAUUAAGUUUAAAUAAUUUUACAAAGUGGAUUGUUUAAGUUUUAUUUCAGAAGAUGCAUAUGUGAUCAUUAUGUGUAUAGAAUUCAAAGAAGAUGAUGUUUUUUGAAACAUGAAUGAUAUUAUUUUGUUCUUCCUGUCAUUUGUUGGAGGUGGAGCCAUUAACAGCAGCAGAGACACCGUAUAGGAGUAAAAAGGGACUGUUUAGUUACCGCCUCACCACAUGUACGGAGCCUUUAAAUAAUCGUGUACAUAUCAAUCAAAGCUGUUGCAAUGAAUGACUGAAAGAAUAUUGUGAUUUGAAUUAAAUAUGUUUUGGAUCUAA